UUCUAGCCUUCAUAUUGGAAGCACUGCAUUUCCAACACUAAUCAUUAGAUGCAAAUCACCACCUCACAAGGAUCCAGCUGCUAGCUGAGAAAACUCAUUCCCUGCCUUCUUCAAGCAAAAUGGAGAGAAGGGUUUCUACAAUGGCAGCUCUUCUCUACACUGCAGCUUUCAUGGCUGCUUCCUCUGUCUCUUCUGAAGCAGCUCAACCAAAAGCAUCUUUUGAGGAUAACUUUAGCAUAAUGUGGUCUGAGGAUCAUUUCAAAACAUCUGAAGAUGGCCAGAUCUGGUAUCUCUCAUUGGACAAAGAAACAGGUUGUGGAUUUCAAACCAAGCAUAAAUAUAGAUUUGGGUGGUUUAGCAUGAAGCUGAAAUUGGUUGGAGGUGACUCUGCAGGUGUUGUGACAGCUUAUUAUAUGUGUACAGAGAAUGGGGCAGGGCCAACAAGAGAUGAGUUGGACUUUGAGUUCUUGGGGAAUAGAACUGGAGAACCCUAUUUGAUUCAAACAAAUAUAUACAAGAAUGGUACUGGUAAUCGUGAAAUGAGGCACAUGCUUUGGUUCGACCCUACCGAGGAGUACCACACCUAUUCCAUUCUCUGGGACAAUCUCCAGAUAGUGUUUUUUGUUGAUAAAGUAGCAAUAAGGGUGCACAAGAACAAUGGAGAACCAAAUAAUUUCUUCCCCAAUGAGAAGCCCAUGUACCUAUUUUCAAGUAUCUGGAACGCAGAUGAUUGGGCUACUAGAGGAGGGCUAGAGAAGACAGACUGGAAAAAGGCCCCAUUUGUGUCCUUUUACAAGGACUUCACUGUUGAAGGUUGUCAAUGGGAAGAUCCAUACCCUGCCUCUGUAUCAACAACGACUAAAUACUGGUGGGAUCAAUACGAUGCUUGGCAUCUCUCAGAUGAACAGAAAAUGGACUAUGCCUGGGUCCGAAGAAACCUUGUGAUCUAUGAUUAUUGCAAAGACACUGAAAGAUUCCCAGCACUGCCAGUGGAGUGCAAAUUGAGUCCAUGGGAUUGAUGAGCUAGUGAUGAAUUAAUUGUUAUUCUUCAGCAUCAUAUAUUUUUUCUAUUUCUUUUCUGUCUUUUUCUUGGAUACCAUUUUGAGAUGGGUAUAAAUCACAAUGUAUUUUUCUGCCAGCUAUUCUAUUUCA